AUGAGAGUGGUAAUAAUUCUGUCAGUGGUCGCGGCCAUUGCCGCUGAAGCACCUUACCACCUCCCACAACCAGGUCCCCAAGCACCAUCAUUUAAUUUGCCCGGCCCUCAACCUUUCCCGCAAUUUAACCAACAACAGCAAUCAAGUAGUGGCUACCAUUAUCAACAACCGCAACCAAGACCCCAGUACGUGCCACAACCACAACCUUUCCCACAACCGGUGCCCCAGCCCCAGCCCCAGCCUCAGCCUCAACCGCAACCACAGCCAUCAUAUGGAGUUCCUCAACCACAACCCCAACCUUUUUACCCUCAACCCCAACCCCAACCCCAACCCCAACCAUUUUAUCCACAACCGCAACCGCAGCCAAUAGCUCCUCUGCCUCAACCCAUAGCUCCUUUGCCUCAACCCCUUGUCCCUGUGCCCCAACCUCAGUCAUCAUACGGUGUUCCCCAACCACAACCACAACCGAUUUUCCCCCAACCUCAACCCCAACCAUCAUAUCCCAUCGCUCCUCAGCCUCAGCCUCAGCCCCAGCCCCAGCCACAGCCUCAGCCAUCUUACAACUACCCACAACCACAGCCACAACCGCAACCAUCAUACAAUUACCCACAACCACAACCGAUUGCUCCCCAACCGAUCCAGCCCCUUCCACAACCUCUACCCAACUUCAACCAGCAACCAAAUUCCGGAUACUCAUACCAGCAGCCAGCUGCUCCACUGCCACCAUCCUUCAUACUACAAUCUCAGCAGUCCGGCCAGAGCGCUCUAUCAAGCUAUCAAGCUGACUCCAACCAAUACAAUAACGCGCAAUCCCCAGGAUCUAGUUACCAAGCUGAUUUGAGUCAGUACAACUCACCACAGCAACAGCAAACGCAUAGAGAAGCCCUGGACGACCAAGUAGUGAGCCGUGUGCAAAGUAUCAUCAGGGACAACGAACAUUCGAGUGCAAGAGACAAGGGUUACUUGUCGUUGGUAUCCGGAGUCAGUCUGGAGAAUGCUCAGCCCAGUAUAGAAAUCUCAUCCUUCGUCCAGAACUCUCCAAUACAAUCAGCGUCCGUCCAGAGCUCUAGUAGCUCUUCCCAAAUAUCCUCAAGCCAGUCCAUCGAUUCAGGCUUUGGCUUUGUGCCCCAAAAUAAACCAGCUUUAUCCUACGGUGUCCCAAAUUAA